GAUAUUUUCCCAUCCUCGAUACAGGUAGUUUCUGAUGCAAGGUCCCUUUUUAAAAAUUCGUUGGACUAAUUUUGAUCACCCUCUGUAUUGAAGCUGGAAUUAUUCUUUUUGGCAUGAGUGAGUUAAUGAAGCACUUGGAGAGAGUUCCUGGCUUACUGCUCUUUUUGAUGGCUCUGGUUCCUCUCAGUCUGGGCGCCAGAUUCACCUUGCUGAUCUCCAUGCCCAACACUUCCAUUCCUUUCAGCGUUGGUCGGGUUGGGGCUGGAGCUCUUGUCGCUAUCAGUUCUGUAAAUAACAGUCCGGACCUACUGCAAGGGCAUUAUCUGGAUUACCAUUAUGUGGACGAUGAAUGCAAUGAUCUACGUGGCCCAGGGAAAAUCGUGGCGCUUUACCAUAGACACAAAUACAGCGCUUUCAUCGGACCGUCUUGCUCAAAUGUCUGUGCAGUGACUGCUAAACUAGCAGCUUAUUGGAACAUUGCUGUCAUCAGUCCCGUAUGUGCAGAGCAACAGUUUCUAGAUAAGAAGGCCUAUCCGACUUUAACAAGAGUGUUUGGACCUUUCACUAAACUAGGGGCUUUCUUUGUGGGAAUCUGUAAACAUUUUGGCUGGCAGCGCAUAGGCAUCAUCCAUGACAGCAAACCUUCCUGGACUAUUCCUGCUGAGGGGAUCAAGUAUCAAGCAGAGCACAAUAACAUCACAGUGGCCAGGUAUCAAGAGAUCCAUGGCUCUCUCUCCCAAGGGUCUUUAUCCACCUGGUCCUGGAUCUUAACUGAGAUGGCUCAAGUCUCUCGCAUUAUUGUGAUAUCAGCACAUGGCAAGGUUGUCCGCAGCUUGCUUAUUGAAGCUCACAAGAAAGGCCUGACUGACGGAGAUUUUAUCUUCUUUUGUUUCGAGCCGUACAAGCAAAAGGUCUUGUUUGGCAGUUUUGACUGGAAACAAGGUGAUGAAUAUGACUCAGUGGCCAGGCAAGCUUAUCAGGCUCUGUUUUUCCUGUCAGUGUAUAAACCCAGUGAUAAACGGUAUCAGGCCUUCUCAGAGAAUGUCACCAGAAGAUCCAAAACAGACUUUGGCUAUAUAUAUGCUCCUACUGAAAAGGUGUCAGUGCUAGCAGCCAUAGCCCAUGAUACUGUCUGGCUGUAUGCCCAGGCGUUAAACGAAACUUUGGCAGAAAAUGGAAACCCAUAUGAUGGCUUGGCCAUCACUAGACAAAUGUGGAACAGGACCAUAACAGGCAUCCAAGGCGAUGUAACCAUUGAUGCAAAUGGAGAUCGUGAGUUAAACUACAUGAUGAAGCAAAUUCAAGAUAGUAGUAACCAGAGUCAGGUCAUUGCAAACUAUUUUGGGACAUAUAAGGCAGUAAAAGGGGUUCACAUCAGCUGGCCUGGAGGACGGACAACUCCUCCCAAAGACUCUCCAGAUUGUGGCUUUCAAGGGGAACUCUGCAUCAAUCUAGAGAGAAAAUUUUUGAUUGCUUUGGGGAUUAUUGCUGGCUUGGUGGCUGCUGGAACGCUUGCAAUCUGUGUUCAAUACAGGAAGUACAAACUCCAGGAGGAAGCCUCCAAGAUGUUGUGGAAAGUCAAUGCUGAUGAUGUCAUAAUGAUGAAGCAUCACUCAUCAACCGUGCCAGCAAAGUCCCACAGUUCCAAACCCAUUCAGGCUUCUUUGGAAUCUAUCAUAAGCAGCAUGCAAGACAAGACAUCCGCGCAAACCGCAGCCUACAAAGGAACAAUUUGUUCUGUUUGCUUUCUGAAUUUAAGAAGCACUCAUCUGAACAGCGAGCUGUUGGCGGAGCUCAAACUGUGCAGAGAUCUGACCCACUAUAACCUUUGUAAAUUUAUUGGAGCGUCCCUGGAAACCGAUCAACCCUUCGUCCUUACGGAGUACUGCCCUAAAGGGAGUCUGCAGGACAUUUUGAAGAAUGAGUCGAUCAAGCUGGACUGGACUUUUAAGUAUUCCCUCAUGCUGGACAUUGUAAAGGGCAUGGACUAUUUGCACUGUAGUCCCCUGCACUGUCACGGUCACCUCUCAUCAUCGAGCUGUGUGGUGGACAGUCGCUUUGUCCUGAAGGUCACUGAUUUUGGACUUAACGCUCUGAGGCGCUCAGACUCAGAGCAGAGCCCUGGAUCUGACCCCUGGACCGCUCUGCUAUGGAGGGCACCAGAGCUGCUGAGGCAGUCCAUGGCUGCUAAUGGCACUCAAAAAGGGGAUGUCUACAGUUUUGCCAUUAUCGCUCAAGAGGUGGUAUAUCGCAGAGGGCCUUUCUACAUCCCCAACAGUCACUUCAGUGCUAAAGAGAUUGUGGAAAGGGUCAGGACGGGGGGCUGUAGCCCACUGAGGCCGCAUAUAGAACAAGCGGAGUGUGUAGAGGAACUGGAGGGUCUCCUGGUCAGCUGCUGGAGAGAGAAACCUGCCGAGAGACCAGACUUCUCAUUUCUCAGGACUGCCAUCAAAAAAAUGUGUCCUAAUGGGGGGUCUGAGAACAUUCUGGAUAACCUGCUGUCCCGUAUGGAGCAGUAUGCAUGCAAUCUUGAGGAGAUAGUUAGUGAGCGUACCGCUGAACUUCAGGAAGAGAAGAAGCGGGCAGAGGGGCUACUCACACAGAUGCUGCCACGAUCUGUAGCUGCUCAGCUCUUAGCGGGAAAGACAGUGAGAGCAGAGACCUACGACUGCGUCACCAUCUAUUUCAGUGACAUUGAAGGCUUCACAGCCAUGUCAGCAUCCCUCACGCCAAUGCAGGUCGUGAACGUGCUGAAUGAUCUGUACACAUACUUCGACAAUAUCAUUGACAACCACAAUGUUUAUAAGGUGGAAACCAUUGGCGAUGCCUACAUGGUAGUGUCGGGCCUGCCUAUAAGAAAUGGAGUCGAACAUGCAAAAGAAAUAGCCAGAAUGUCGUUGGCUAUAGUGCAGGGCAUGAGGAGCUUCCAGAGUCCACACGUACCAGAGCAGCAGCUGAGGGUCCGCAUUGGAGUCCAUUCAGGGCCUUGUGUCGCAGGGGUUGUGGGUCUGAAAAUGCCACGCUACUGUUUAUUUGGAGACACUGUGAACACGGCCUCCAGGAUGGAGACAUAUGGAUUACCACUGAAGAUCCAUGUGAGCAGUUCCACCAAAUCUCUCCUCGACACUUUCAGGACUUUCCGCUGUGAUCUGCGAGGUGACAUUCACAUAAAGGGAAAGGGCUGGGUGAGGACAUUCUGGCUUUUGGGAGAGGACCACUAAAAUAGACGUCCCACUUAAUUUUUGUUUUUGUCUUUAAAUGCUGAAAAAAAAGUCUGUUUAUUUUUAUUAGAGCAUACUACACUAUAUCUCUAAUGUUACUUUGUUUUGCAUGUUUGCACGCCAUUAGUUCAAUUAGCAAAUUUCUAGGUACAGUUUGAGGCCGCACACAUUGUUUAAUGUUU